UCAGCUCGAUCAUGGCUAAUGAAUCUCCUCAUGUGAAGCCAACCCAUUUUUUCAAGAUCAUAUGUGAUCAAAACCUUCAUGAGGGAAAGCUUAUGAUGCCAAGAAAGUUUGUGGAAAAAUAUGGAGAAGGCUUAACAAAAAUUAUAUGUUUAAAGACUCCAAAUGGUGAAAAAUGGAAAAUAAAUUUGGUAAAAAGUGAUGGUAAAAUAUGGUUUGAAAAGGGUUGGAAAGAAUUUGUAGAGUAUCAUUCUCUAGCUCAUGGACAUCUUGUAGUUUUCAAAUAUGAAAAAAUUUCCCAUUUUGAGGUACAAAUAUUUGAUAAGAGUGCAUUUGAGAUAAAAUACCCUUUGAAAAGAUUUGAUGCUAAAAGGGUAUAUAAUGGUCAAAAGAGGAAAGCUAACUUAGAAUUUCAUCAACCAUGUGAAAUUGGAAGUAGCAGUGGUGUUAAAGUUGAGAAAUUGCAAAAGGUAGCAGCUAUGAAUCAUAUUGAUAAAAAGUGUGAAGGAGAGCAAUUUGUUAUUGCUAAGAAAGUUAAAGCCCUUGACAGAGCAACUUCUUUCAGAACUUGUAAUCCAUCCUUUUAUGUUGUCAUGAAUCCAUCAUACAUGCAUGGUCCUUGUAAUCUGCAUAUACCAAGUGAGUUUGGCAAAAGACACUUAUUAGAUUUAGACAAUAAGCAGGGAGAUAUUCAUCUUAGGCUAUUAAAUGGGAAAGUUUGGUCAGCAAAGUACCUAAUUAGGAUAGCCAAUGGAUUAGAAAGAUAUGAAAUGUACUCAAGUGGAUGGAAGGAAUUUGCAAAGGACAACAACUUGAAAGUUGGUGAUGCUUGCACCUUUGAGCUCUUACCUACUAGCUCUAUAGUUACCUUCAUUGUUCACAUCUUUAAGGAUUAAUUCUUUUGAGGCAGACAAUUGAGUUUCUUCAACAUCUCUCAAGAAUCAACACUAACUACUAAGGAAAGGAGCUUUUUUGAAAAUCAUCUUUGCUACCAAAUCACACCAUCACAACCAAAGAGUGUUUAAAAAAUGUUGUAUGAACUAGUUCAAGUUUUUGAACACUACUACCAAAAAUGUGAACAUUAUUACAUGUCUAGUACAUGUAACACUACAUAUUUUGCUUCUAUUUGGUGUUUGCACCUAGGCUUCACUUGAUGUAAUUUAAUUUCUAUU